AAUUGUACAUGUAAAUUCUUUCCAAAAAUGAGUGAUAACUCAUCUAAUCAGUUUCUACUUCUGCUAGCAGCUGCACAGCAACAACAGCAACAACAACUUCUACAGCAACAACUUGCAAAGAUCCAGAAGGCCACUGCAUCAUCUCCAUCGAAAUCAACUAAUGGAACAUCAGCAUCAACGUCGGCUGUCCCGUCAACUUCUGGGACAUCGUCAUCUCAAAAUGAAGCAGCUCAGUUGCAAAAUUUAGCAAAAAUGCAGCAAAUUCAGCAGCUGGCCCAGUUUGGAGCACUCAUGGCUGCGCAGAAGAAACAACAAGAAAAAGCGGCAGCUGAUAAGGCAAAGGAAAAAGAAAAGGAGAAGCAAAAGGCUGCAGCAGCAGCUGCCGCCGCCGCAGCAAAAGCCUCAGCGUCUACUUCCUCCGCAUCAGCAAUUCCUGGAUUGUCUCCAGAAAUGCUCGCAGCAUGGCAACAAGCAAUCCAGAUGCAAGCUCUCCAACAAAUGAUGAUGACUCCACAGAAAUCUCAAAUGGAAGAAGCUAUCAAGAAAAUGAUGGAUAUGGCAAAGAAGAAGCCAGCUGGAGUCGCCUCAACAAGUUCAGCAUCUACAAGCUCAUCCACACCAUCCACAUCAUCAGCUUCAAUUACAUCAUCUAAUAACAAUGCAGCGAACAACGCUGCGAGCAAUAUGAUGAACAAUGUGAUGUGGCAAUUGGUGGCAGCACAAAUGCAACAAAAACAGCAACAACAACAGAAGGAUACUCAGAAAAAGGCGGAUCAAGCGAAAAAAGCGAAAGAGCUUGCCAAACAACAACAGAAAGAGCAAGAUGUGAAGAAUAAGCAACAAGAGGAGAUUUUGAAGUUUCUUAUGGCUCAACAUCAGCUGAAUCAUCAGAAAAAGCAUGAGAAGAAGCAAGCUGACGCAGCUGCACUCGCAGCAAAAGUGCUUGCAGCUCACCGAGCAGCACUCGAAUCGGACAGUCCUGAAGAAGGGAAAAAGACUAAUGAAGCAAUGCUUCGAUUGCCUCUUCAACUUGGAUGGAGGCGUCAAACAUGUGUCAGAAGUAUUGCUUCCGCUGGAGUUAAAGGAGAUGUUUCGUAUUUUGCUCCGUGCGGAAAAAAGUUGAGCACAUACUCGGAAGUUGUUAGGUACCUCACCAAAAAUUCGAUUCACUACAUCACCCGUGACAAUUUUCUCUUCAACACAAAAUUGGUUAUCGGGGAAUUCAUUGUUCCAAAGCAAACAGAAGCUGAUGAGACUCAACAAGAACGCGAAUUUGCAAUGUUUACUGAAGAUGACAUUAACAAGGAACUUACAAGAUUAAAUGUUCUGAAAUUCGUUCCAAAGAUCCAGGCGUCCACAUCCAAUGGUGUUCACGAGGAUGAUAUCAAAAUGUCCAAAAUUGAAGAACCCGACGAGCCAUUGGAUCCAUCGGAGCUUAACGAUGAAUUCACCGAAGAGUUAGUUCAUAGUCAGAUUAUGUCAAAUGGAGUUGAUGAAUGCAAGAUUCGGGAGAGAGAAGCUGAUGAUCUACUAGUAAAUAUCAAUGAUGUUCGGCAUCUCCCAGAUUUUUCUAGAAUUGGUAAUCAAUGUCUGAGUUCACAAGGAUUCGCUGAUGCACUUAUGGUUCACGAAUUUGUACAAAACUUUGGUCAUGUUUUAGGAAUAGAUCUUGAAAUCGCCCCAAAACUAGAGUCGUUAUGCGCAGGAUUAGAUGGAGAUGCUAAUCACGCCGAGCAAACUCUUCAAUUAACUAGGCAACUAUUAAGACUAGCACUUGAAUUUCCUGGAAUGGGAAAUGAGAAAAGAUUUGGCCAAGGUGGAGGAGAAAUGGGACUUGAUCGUGAAAACUUCAGUGAAGUGAUGCGUCUUUUUCUUAUCGACAAAGGAAAGCGAGGAGAAGAAUUAUCACAGCCUCUGCUUACUUGCAACUUUUUAUCGAUUUCUCCAGAACAAAAAGCUUCGAUUUUAGCAUUUCUCUGCGAUGAGCUAGUUUGUUCUCGAAAUGUUGUCACUGAGAUUGAUAAGAACCUUGAUGAAAUUUCAAGAUUAAAAGGAGAAAAAUGGAUGAGAGAGGGAAAAGCUAGAGCUUUGAGAUCAGCAAGAAGUAAAAAGAAGAAUGACGAGAAAGUUGUAGUUGUGAAAGAAGAACAGAAUCAUGAGAGUGAUUCUGAACCUCCAACUAGACCGGAUACUCCGAAGAAAGCCACGGUUGCACCUCCAACUGUAGUUUCUGUUUCACCUGUCUCGGCAGCUCAGCAGCAACAACGAAAGUUCACUCCAGGAUUAGGCCAGUGCGAGGUUUUAACAGAACAAGAAGAAUCAAUGAGUCUUCAACAAAUGGAUUCUCUGAUCGGAGAUCUUCAUCAAGAAGCUCAAAACAUCAAUCAGAAGAUUCAUGAUACUGGUCUCAAGAUCCGAUCCUUCCCAUUCGGAACUGACCGUUUUCAUCGAAACUACUGGAUGUUGGCUCACACUGAUAAAGUUAUCAUUGAGUCACUAGCAACAACUUCAGUGAACAACCCAGCCUGCAAUGCAAACGAAUAUGCAUCAAAGGAUCCACCAACUCUUGAACAGCGUGUUCCAGGAGCAUGUGAGACGAUUGACUUAGAUGUUAUUGCUUGUGUUGAGGAUUUGGUUGAUGAUGUUGUUCUGCUAAGAGCCAAAGCUGAUAAGAAAACUCGAAAAAGAUACAGAAGGAUUGAAAAUCAUAUGAAGAGAGGAUGGUGGACAAUGCAGAAUAGAGACUGUGUAGAAUCCCUUCGUUCUUGUAUGCUCAGUCGCGGAAUUCGUGAACGUGCUCUUCAUCGUCUACUCACUAAACCAUGGUUUCUAAAUGAACUCAAAUUCGGUACAAUCACAAUCGAACCAGUUGGUGAGAAAUCCGACCUGGAACUGGUUCGAAGACAAGGAUGGACUCGACUAAAUACGGCUAUCGACAAGCUUCAAUGUCAUUUGAAAAUGUCAGAUGUGUCUAAACCAUUGCCUUCUAUCACGCCUUUCGAGACCCAGAAGCCUAUUGUGGUGCCUCCUACAAUGGCAUUGGCGCAAAUUGUGAAGGACGAUAUGGCAUGGAAGGUUAUAGAUGAGGAGGUUGAUGGACAAGAACUCGAUGAGACUAUAAUCCGACAAAAAAUCAUUGAAACAGCGGACAUGGUGCAGCCAAAGUUUUGGAGACCCAAAUUUCAAAAACUGGAGGAUCAAGAUACAUGCCAACUAUUUGAGGAUUGGAAGUCUUAUGUUUCAACUGAAGCACAAACAACGAGUCAGUUAAUGGUAGCUCUUCAAACUCUCGAAGGAAUGAUUAUGUGGGAAAGAUCAUCUCGUGAAGCACUUUGUCAGAUUUGUAAGAGUAUGGAUGGAGAUGAAAUGUUGGUUUGUGAUGGAUGUGAGAGUGGAUGCCAUAUGGAAUGUUUUAGGCCCCGAAUGACAAAAGUACCUGAAGGUGAUUGGUUCUGUCAGCGGUGCCGCGAGGAAAAAUCUGGAAGACCAAUGUGCAUGUUCUGUAGCCGUGAGACUGGAAAUCUUCAUCAGUGUCAACGCUGUGCAUACCAUGUUCAUCAAGAAUGUUCACAAGAUGGCCCAAAAGAGGCUAUAAACCCUGAAACAUUUAUCUGUGGGCAUUGUCAAGAAAUGAAGCAAAUGCGUUUUGUGAAGCGACUCAUUCUUCGAAGUGAAUCGGAAGAACGAGAAUUGGAAGAUGAUAAUCAUGCAGAAAAUGGAGAGAAUACUAAAAAUGGUCAUAUGAAUGGAAUGAAUGGAGCAAUUGCAAUCGGCGUUCAUAAUCAACAAAACGGAGUCAAAGGAAAUCUGAAGAGAAAAUUGGAGGUUCCAAGUAUUGGUGGUCUUCCAAAAAAUAUGAAUAAGGAGUUGUGUCAACUCAUGUUGGAUGAACUCGUCGUCCAAGCAAAUGCUUUGCCAUUUUUGGAGCCUGUCAAUCCAAAAUUGGUUCCUGGAUAUAAAAUGAUUAUUUCAAAACCAAUGGACUUGAAGACAAUUCGACAGAAGAAUGAGAAACUUAUAUACGAGACUCCAGAAGAUUUUGCUGAAGACAUAGAGCUCAUGUUCGCCAACUGUCGUCAAUUCAACAUUGAUCACUCAGAAAUUGGACGUGCUGGAAUCAGUUUGCACAAGUUUUUCCAAAAACGUUGGAAGCAGCUGAAAUACAACUUUACAAAAAGACUCAGACGCCUUCAUCGUUAAUUUCAUGUUUUAAUCAAUUAUCAUCUCACCGUAACCGGUUAACUUUUUCUGUUCAUAAAUACAAAAAUCAUCCCAUUGAUGUUCGGGUAGUUAUUUAAUGUUUUUUAUAAUUUUGCAUAUUUGUGCCACAUGUACAGUUGUACAUUUUCUCUUUUUUAAUUUAUUUAUCAAUACCCCAUCACAUUUCUUUCCGUGACGGAUUUCUCAUGCUUUGAUCUGAUUAUUUAUUGCAAUCUUGAAGAAAAAUGAAAAAUUUUUCAAA